CUCAUCCAGAAACAAUUGCAGAUCAUAAUUAUAUAUACAAAGUCGAUUGGACUGAAGUUAACAAAAAUGUAAACUAUUAUAUUGGAGAAAAGGUAGGCUCUUCACUACAUGAUAAAGAGAAUAAAUUUAUAUUAUUCUAUCCAAUACAAUAUAAUGAAUUUAAUACUAGGGAUUAUAAUUCCAUUAUAGCAGUUGUUGAACAAUUUGAAAUAGAGAAACUG